AUGGCAAGGCGAGAGUAUGGCACGAAGCAGCGGUCAUCAUCUUUGCACUCCUCCCGAGUCCUCUACAUCGCAGAGGAGAUCGGGAUCGUGCAGAUGAAACGGAGCCUAAACACGGCACUCCCAAUGGGUGAGGACGAGAAGAAGGAUGACAAAGGGAAUUAUCAAGAUCAAUACAAGGAUGGCUCAUUCCGAUGGAGGAUCGUGCCCAAUAAGCUCAGAAAAGAGGAGGAGGGAGAGCAGAACGACAACACAGGUAUCAAUCUUGAAGAGACGAAUGAUCAGGAGGACCAGGAGAAGGACUAUAUUCCCAAGUUCACACCCAAGACAGACAAUGACAGCAAGCUGCUGAAGUAUGAGAUCGAUAUACUGACAGGGAAUCUUGCAAGGAAGAACGUGUACAUCUAUGAAUACGCACAGCCUAACUUCAAUGUGGCCAGCUCUAGCAUCUUCUACUACAUGGUAUCUUCUCCAUUGUGCGGGAUACUGCAGGAUUACAAGAAUCUAACGGAGGCAAAGGCAAGGAGCGCCUAUGCAGACCAGUGGAAUUUGCAAGGCUCACCUUCUUUUCACCACAAAUUCUUGCUAAAAAACUAUCUUGCCUCCAUAAUCUAUGCUUCAUAA